AUGAACAGUACACCUAUGUCUUCUUUUGGAGUAAGAAAAGGUUCAUGGACUGAAGAAGAAGAUUUCCUCUUGAGGAAAUGUAUUAACAAGUAUGGUGAAGGAAAGUGGCAUCUUGUUCCCAUAAGAGCUGGUCUGAAUAGAUGUCGAAAAAGUUGUAGACUGAGGUGGCUGAAUUAUCUAAGGCCACAUAUCAAGAGAGGUGACUUUGCUCCGGAUGAAGUGGAUCUCAUUUUGAGGCUUCAUAAGCUUCUAGGAAACAGAUGGUCACUUAUUGCUGGUAGACUUCCAGGAAGGACAGCGAACGAUGUGAAAAACUAUUGGAACACAAACCUUCUAAGGAAGGUAAAUACUACUAAAGUUGUUCCUCGUGAAAAGAUUAAGAAUAAGCGCGGAGAAAUUAGUACUAAGAUUGAAAUAACAAAACCUCAACCUCGGAAGUUCAUAUUGAACACAAAGAGGAAUAUUACAAACAAUAUUGUAAUUGUAGACAAAGAGGAACAAUGUAAGGAAAUAAUAAGUGAGAAGCAAACUCCAGAUGCAUCGAUAGACAAAGGAGAUCAAUGGUGGGCAAAUUUACUGGAAAAUUGCAACAACGUUGAAGAAGAAGAAGGAGGAGGAGGAGGUGUAACUAAUUAUGAAAAAACACUAACAAGUUUGUUACAUGAGGAAAUAACACCACCAUUAAAUGGUGGAGGUAACUUCAUGCAACAAGGACAAAGUGAUGGUUGGGAUGAUUUUUUUGUUGAUAUUGAUAUAUGGGAUCUACUUAAUUAAAGAGAUAUGUAAUGGCAAUAUUAUUGUAAACUUGUAAUAGGGAUACAUUUGUUCUUUGGAGUAAUUUGUAUCUCUACAAGAAGUUGUUAGGAAAGUAAUGUUCUAUAUUUUCUAUUAAUAAGGGCAUGUAUUGUGAUUCACUACCCAUAUUGACUAUA